AUGUCAGAUCAUAGUGAAUAUCAACAAUUAACUCUUAAGGAGUCCUACCUUGUAGGUGCUCCUCUAUUAUAUUUUACAACAUGUUUUGUUAGUACUGGUGUUUUAUUAUUUGGUUUUGAACAAGGUGUUAUGUCUGGUUUAUUAACAAAUGAAUUAUUUAAAAAUUAUUUUGAUAAUCCUUCAAGUGCUGCUAUUGGUACUAUGGUUGCUAUUUUGGAAAUUGGUGCAUUAAUUUCUUCAUUAUUAUCUGGUAAAAUUUCAGAUAAAAUUGGUAGACGUCGUACUAUACGUUAUGGUGCAUUAAUUUUUGCAAUUGGUGGUGCUUUACAAGCUUUAACUCCAAGUUUUAUACUUUUAACUAUUGCAAGAUUUAUUUCUGGGUUAGGUGUUGGUUUAUUAACUACUGUGGUACCAAUGUAUCAAACUGAAAUUUCUCCACCUCAUUCAAGAGGUCGUUUAGGUUGUGUUGAAUUUACUGGUAAUAUUUCAGGUUAUGCAAUUUCAGUUUGGGCUGAUUAUUUUUGUUCAUUUUUAGAUUCAAAUAUGGCUUGGAGAAUUCCUUUAUCAAUUCAAAGUUUAAUUGCUAUUGCAUUAUGGUUUGGUUCUUAUGUUAUUGUGGAAUCUCCAAGAUGGUUAUUAAAUCAUGAUCAUGAUGCUGAAGGUAUUGUUGUUAUUGCAGAUUUAACUGCAGGUGGUAAUGUUCAAGAUGAACGUGCAAGAUCAGAAUAUCGUGAAAUUAAAGAAACUGUAUUAUUACAUCGUUUAGAAGGUGAAUCUUCAUAUCGUUAUAUGUUUAAACGUUAUAAAAAACGUGUAUUCAUUGCAAUGUCUGCACAAGCAUUAGCCCAAUUAAAUGGUAUAAAUGUUAUAUCAUAUUAUGCUCCUUUAGUUUUUGAACAAGCUGGUUGGAAAGGUCGUGAUGCUAUAUUAAUGACUGGAUUUAAUUCAUUAAUUUAUGUUGCAUCAACAUUACCUCCAUGGAUUCUUGUUGAUAAAUGGGGUAGAAGACCAAUUUUAUUAUCAGGUGCAAUUAUAAUGGGGAUUGCAUUAACUGCAGUUUCUUAUUCACUUUAUGUAAAUACUGAAAAAACAAGACAUUUAGUUGUUAUAUUAGUUUUCAUUUUCAAUGCAGGUUUUGGUUAUUCAUGGGGACCAUUACCUUGGUUAUUACCAAGUGAAAUUUCACCUUUAAGUAUUCGUGCAAAAAUUGCUUCAUUAGCAACUGCAUCAAAUUGGGCUUUUAAUUGGUUAGUUGGUGAAAUGACUCCAAUUUUACAAGAAUUAAUUACAUGGAGAUUAUAUUUAAUUCAUUCAACUUCAUGUUUUAUAUCAUUUUUUGUUGUUUAUUCAUUUUAUCCAGAAACUGCAGGUGUUACAUUAGAAGAUAUGGAUUCAGUUUUUGAUGAUCGUUCAUCAACUUUUAGUUUCCAUGGUUCAACAUAUCAACCAAUUGAUUCAGAAUCACAAUCUUUUAAUAAUGAUGAUUCACAAAGUGGAUUAAAUAAUUUAUCAAAUGCUGCAUUACAAAGACAAAAAGCUUUAAUAAAUCCAACUGUUGAUGUUACAAAUCCUUUAUUAACAAGACAAAAAUCUGAAACUUCAUUUAGAACUCAAUUACAAGGAUUUCAACAACAACAACAAGUACCAAUUCCAAAUUCUCAAUCAUCUCAAUAUAGUGUUGAACCUCCAGGGAUUGAAGAAAUUGUUAAAUAUAAAAAUAGUGAUCAACAUUCAUUAAGUUCAUCAAUUAGAAGAUCAAGUGCGACUGUUAGUUCAUUUAUGGGAAAAGCUGGUAAAGCUUUUAAAAAAAAGAAGAAGAAUAAUACAAUUGAAAAUCCUAAUAAUGAUGUUAAUGAAAGUGUUUUCGAUCCAUCAGAUCAAGAAUCUUUAGCAUCAAAUGAACAAGUUUGA